GCCCAUUGGCCCUCGGCGGGAGCACAUGCUCUGGCCGGCUAUAUCAAGGCCUCCCUGGCCAGCCCUGGCCCCAGCAACCCAGGGGCCCUCCUCUGCCUUCUUCGCCUUCCUCUGCUGCUCCCUCCAUCCCAGGCACCAGCCAUGCCCAACCCAGACGCCUUCCUCGGCAAAUGGCGCCUCCUCUCCAGCGAAGGCUUCGACGAGUACAUGAAGACCCUGGGUGUGAGCAUGCCCAUGAGGAAGCUGGGAAGCAUGGCUAAGCCAGACAUCACCAUCAGCAGGGAGGGAGAUAAAUAUACGGUGAAAACAGAAAGCACUUUCAAGACAUCAGAAUUCUGCUUCAAACUGGGAGAGAAGUUUGAAGAAGAUACGCUAGAUGGCCGGAAAACUCAGACUCUUAUCACCUUAGACGAUAACAAUGUAUUGACCCAGCACCAGCAGUGGGAUGGCAAAGAGACCACGAUAACAAGAAAGAUAGUCGAUGGGAAACUUGUUGUGGAAUGUGUCAUGGAUGGUGUCAAAUGUACCCGGGUGUACCAGAAAGUAUGAAGACACUGGCUUCCAUGUUGAAUUUGGGAGCUUAAUGACAUACAGUUCAGUUCCUAGAACAAAACUAGACAACACUCCAUAUUUCCCAUCUCUUCCCCCCCCCCCCCUAUUUUUUAAAAAGCAUUUUUGGGAAAUCAGUACUGUAUACAAUUAAAUUUUGAGUUCUUGGUGUAACUACUAAAACUAUUAAAGCUGAGAAUUUCAAGUACA